UGACUACCAUUCAAUUGAAAAUGGUGCGACAUUUCAGUACACGGCGGCUUUUCCUUGGUGGCAAGAACAAGUGUGGCGUUUUUAAUAGCUGGCUACUGCUUGGAGUCAUAAUUUUUCUACUUAUUCUGUUGUAUCAAAGGGAUGAAACCAGUUCAGACAAUUUGGUGACAUUGCCAACUCGUCCGCGCAUCUUCUGUGUAAUUGUCACCUAUGCAUUCCGUCACGAGCAUGCUGCUAUCCAUAUUCAAAAGACCUGGGCUAGGCACUGCGAUCGGUAUUUGUUCGUCAGCGACGAUGUGCAUAUGGUUUUGGAACCCGCAGUGUUUAAGAAUAUUGGGGAUAAAUGGCAGCGGAUACGGGCACAUCUGGAGUACAUCUACAAAUAUCAUUUCCAUCAAGGAGACUGGUUCCUCUAUGCCAACGAUGAUAAUUUUGUGGUCGUGGAGAACCUUCGUCAUAUGCUGCAGUCCUAUAGCCCCGAAGAGCUCAUCUACUUUGGCUGCAAGAUGAGAAGCAAUCAAGAGGGUCUGAUUUAUAUGUUUGAUGGAUCUGGAAUUGUGUUAAGUGCUGCCAGUCUUAAGCGAUUCGUGCUCGAGGCAUUAAUCAAUGAAAACCUGUGCAGCUCUCAGAAUAGAGGAAGAGAGGCUGCGGAGGAACUGGGUCGAUGCCUAAGCAAUGUUAAUGUAAUAGCCGGCGACAGCCGAGACGAAUGGAGAAAACAUCGAUUCCUGCCCUUCGAAGUGGACAUACACUUGGGUGGUCACAUGAAUGACUCCAUUGAGCUGCACAAAUACUUUCUGGAGCGUUCCUACUAUCCGGUUAUUGAUAUGAACCUGCCUGUCUCAUUGAGAUCGAUAUGCUUUCAUUUAAUGCUGAUUCCUAUAGCAUAUGAUUUAUAUUAUUUCACUCAAAAUGUUCACAUCUUUGGAGCACCACAGAAAUGGGACUCAGAAAAUUGGGAGCUCGAGAAUAAGAAUUCGUAAGAAUGACACAUGUAAAAUAAAAAAAGAGUAAUUUUUCAUAAAAUAAAAGAGCUAACAUACACGAAAAAUAAAAG